GCCGGAAGUAGAAUAACGGUUAUCAGUCUUAAAUUCCACAGACAGGAAGUUGUUUUCGACUUCUUACGGAUAAAAAAACGGAAUAACAAUUUUGCCUAUAUUUACGAAAUUAUGCACGUAUCGUUGUUUUCAUAAAACGUAGAGAAUAGCCUAUUUAAAAAUGAUUCGUGUCACCUUUAUUUAUACAGUGUGUGUGUGUUUAGCCUGGAGUCCAAGAUGGAAAUUCGACCAUCAUACAGGCAGACAGUGGCUGGAAAGGGCUCAACCAGCCACCACAAGUCAUCUGUAGCCGCCAAGCAGCCACACAAGAAGCGAGUGUUCUCAACAUGUGCGGCCUUAGAUGGUGAAAUGUUGAAGAGGCUCAUCCAAAAAGAUGAGCAGCGAAGGAUCAGGGAACAGCGAAACUCUAGAAAAGGUUGGCUGAGGGCAUGGGGUGCUCUGCAGGACUGGAUGCAUCAGCUGUUCAGGAUCAUUGUGGCCUUCACAGAAGACCCCAUGUUUGACAAGUUCAUCCUGUUUGUGGUGGUGCUCAACACAGGGACCCUGGUGGCCCAGACAUUUGAAAGUGUGACUGUGAGAGGAGGGUGGUUCUUCUCUGCUUUGGAUUCCGCUUUUCUGGCAAUCUAUUUAAUGGAAUGUGUGCUGAAAUUGCUUGUCUGGGGUCGACUCUACUUCAAAAACCCAUGGAAUGACCUGGACUUUUUCAUCAUUACGAUGAGCCUCAUUGACUUCCUGCUGCCACUCAUUGAGUCUACAGGGAACUUCAGUGGAGGUCAGGCAUCCACAAUCUUCCGCAUCCUCAAGCUCUUCAAAGGGGUCAGGGCCAUCCGAGCGUUCCGGGUCUUGCGUACCAUCCGCUUUCUCCAAAAUCUCCAGUCCAUCGUGUCCACCUGUCUCCAGUCUCUCCAGUCCAUGGGGGCCAUCAUCAUCCUCAUGUUCACCUUCCUCUUCAUGUUUGCUGUCAUUUUCCGAGAGAUGUUCAACGAGUCUGACCCGCAUCGCUUUGGCACCAUGUUUCGGACAAUUUUCACUCUGUUCCAGCUGCUCACGUUGGAUGACUGGGCUUUCAUCUACUCUACCAGCCGAGACAACGGUGCACCACAUAUUAUCAUCUUCCUUGUCCUGUACAUUGUGGUGGAAUACUUCACUUUCCUCAAUCUAUUCAUUGCUGUCCUCGUCGACAACUUCCAGAUGACAAUCAAGAGACGGAUGGCGUCAAAGAUCCAAAAGUUCCAGGAUAUAUAUGAGAGCGAGAUGCAGUCAAUGAAGAAGUUAGAGCCCCAGCCCAUUGAACCACAGACCGAUGAGGAGUUCUAUGAAGAGGCCCUCAAAUUGACCUAUAGUGAAAAUAAGUAUGGAAAGAGGGAGAUAGAGCUGAUCACCAGCUACCUCAGACUGCUGGCAUCCAUAGAUCAGAACCAGCAGACUUUCCGCUCUCAGGGCUGUGUUCUGGAGCGUCUCAUUGACACCUUCUUUGAGGCAACAGAGGAGGACAGUCAGGGGAAUGACCACGAAUAGAGAAAUAAGGGGCAAACCUAGCAAAGAAACCCUUAUUGCUUUAUCCAGAUCAGUGAUGGCAACUCAGAUGUUAUACUUUGAGAACAUUAAAG